UAGACCUAGCAUUAAAAAAGGGUGGGAACCAGACAGAGACGGCUAACUUCAUUUACUAUCUCACUUUUCCUCCAACAUAAGGAGACAUGGAAUCGGCUAUUAAGACAGUGGUUACGCAAUUCCUGGGCUCGGCCCGCGGGAAGGAGAACAUGGAUUCAAAGAAUUUCCAGAAGUUGGUGAAGAAUCAACUGGGCAACAUCCUGAGUGGCUCAGAGAACUCCUCUGCUGUGAAAGACAUGAUGAAAGGGCUGGAUGAUAAUGAAGAUGGGAAGGUCAGUUUCCAGGAGUAUAUGAAACUGGUGGGUUAUCUCGCCUGCCAACUCAGUGAGCAGAGGGCACAGGGGCAAACCAGCACGGCCAACGGCGAAUAGACCUCCCCAACCAUUCUCUUCAGCCAUCCAUCCAUCCAUCCAUCC